AUGAACGCGGUCGGUAGCUACGAAGUGCGAACGCGGCUGCUCUAUACGUCGAGAAUUGGUACAUUAUUUUUGCUCUUGAUAGACGCAAGCAUAUGGCUUCAGCGGCCGGACAUUGUGGAUUUUCACCAUCGUGUUCAACCCAUUCCGGGGCCGUUUGUGCAAGACAUCUACGACUUUGUGAUCGUUGGAGCAGGUUCUGCCGGUGCAGUGAUGGCCGCACGGUUGUCCGAGAUCUGCCACUGGGAUGUGCUGUUGCUUGAGGCAGGGACGGACGAGACGUACCUCACCGAAGUGCCGUUCCUCUAUCCGACAUUGCAGACAUCGCGCGUGGAUUGGAAGUUUCGGACGGAACCGUCGGAUCAGUUUUGUCUCGCCAUGGAUGAUAAUCGAUGUCGGUGGCCGCGAGGAAAAGCGCUCGGUGGUAGUUCAGCGAUCAACGCCAUGCUGUACGUGCGCGGUAACCCGCGAGACUUUGAUGGUUGGCGCGACCAGGGUAACCCGGGCUGGAGCUACAAAGACAUGUUACCGUACUUCUUGAAGUUGGAAGAUAUGCGCGAUCCUCAGUAUGCGAACCUAUCUUACCAUGGUCAGGGUGGUCCCAUUAGUGUGGAAAGGUACGGUUACCAUACACCGUUACGCAGUCAUCUCCUCGCCGGGGUAAGGCAGAUGGGUCUGACAAAUCGUUACGGCGAAGUGAACGGACCAGUGCAGAGUGGGUUUGCCGUUCCGCAUGGCUCCAUCCGGAAUGGGCUACGAUGCAGUACGGCUAAAGGAUAUCUGCGGCCGGCAGCCGCGCGUAAAAAUCUGCACAUAUCCACCAAAACCAUGGUGGAGCGAAUUUUGAUCGAUCCCGCCGACCGACGGGCAUACGGCGUGCAGUUCAAAAAGGAAGGCCGACGGUACUAUGUGAUGGCCUCGAAGGAAGUGAUUCUGUCGGCCGGUGCCCUCAACAGUCCGCAUCUGCUGAUGCUUUCCGGGGUGGGACCGCGGGAACAGCUGGAGCGUCAUGGAAUUCCGGUAAUCCAACAUCUUCCCGGUGUUGGGAGGAACCUGCAGGAUCAUGUAGCAACCGGUGCCGGUGGCUACACGGUGCAACACCCCCCCGGUAGUGGACCACUAGCUUACGAUUUUGCUGAUGCGGUAGGCGUUGACACACUGCGACGAUUUCUGUUCACCAGUGACGGCAUGCUUUACGGUAUGUCCCUGUGUGAGGUGAUGGGAUUUUUGAACACCAAGUAUCAAGAUCCGGCCCUGGAUUGGCCCGACAUUGAACUGUUUCUCGCUAGUCUGUCCGAUCUCACGGACGGUGGUCGUUUCGGCAAGCGAGGAACGGGUAUGAGCGAUAAUUACUACGCACAAGUAUACGAGGAACAGUUGUACCAAAACUCGUACAUGGUAAUACCCAUGCUAUCGCGCCCACUAAGCAGCGGAUGGUUAGAGCUGGCAAGUAAGGACCCACACGAACGCAUCCGCAUUUAUCCCAACUAUUUUCACAAUCCCAAGGAUAUGAUGGUUUUGAUCGAAGGCUUGAAGUUUGCUGAGGCCCUCGCCAACACACCCGCAAUGCGUAGAAUUAACGCCACCCUGAUCGAUUACUCUCGAUCACCCUGCCGACCGGAUCAGUUCCUCAACAAGGAUGACUUCUACGUCUGCUUGGUGCGCCAUUACACGCAAACAAUUUACCAUCCGUGCGGCACGGCUAAGAUGGGGCCGGUCACCGAUCCGAUGGCGGUUGUUGAUCGAUUUCUGCGCGUUCACCACAUUGGCGGGUUGCGGGUCGUCGAUGCGAGUAUCUUUCCCGUAAUUACCACCGGAAACACGAACGUACCAACGAUAGCGACCGGCGAGAAGGCGGCUGAUAUUGUUAAGGCGGCGUACGCCGCAGAUUUACGGGCACAUGUUGACACGCUGCGCGAAUGUAAAACACUCCACGUUGACUAUUCCGCCAAGGCAAUGGAGCAGGGCUAG